UAGUGUUUCCGGUACGGAUCUGGUAGUGACAGACUUCCGCCCGCUCACCGCGCUACAAGUUGACGUGUCGAAAACAGUUUGUUAGCGAACCGGAGUGAACUUUUGAUUCCAAAUAGUUUAUAUAAGUUUAAACCUUAAAAAUGACGACUGACUGGGAAGAAAUUCGACGACUUGCAGCGGAUUUCCAAAGGGCACAGUUUGCCGAUACUGUGCAAAGGUUAUCCGAGAGGGAUUGUGUCGAAAUUAUUUCCAGACUGAUUCAAGACAAGAAACUUGAUGUGGUGCACACACUUGAUGGAAAGGAGUAUGUCACCCCAGCACAGAUCAACCGAGAAAUCAGGGAUGAACUUCACGUUCAUGGAGGGCGAAUCAACAUUGUGGAACUCCAGCAGAUUGUCAAUGUGGAUUGGGUCCAUGUUGAAAAUAAAGCGAAUGAUAUUGCAAGAACUGAUAAAAAUAUUCAGCUUGUGCUGGGACAACUUAUCGACAACACCUACCUGAACCAUUUAGCAGAAGAAAUAAAUGACAAACUCCAGGAAACUGGUUUGAUCAGCAUUGCAGAGCUUUGUAAAAGCUAUGAUCUUCCUGGGGACUUCUUAACUGAGGAGCUUACAAAGCGUCUUGGGAGAGUGAUCCAGGGAGAAAUGGAUCAGUCCAAUCAAGGGGUCAUAUUUACUCCUGCCUUUGUCGCUCGCCACAAGGCCAAAAUAAGAGGUCUAUUCAGUGCCAUCACACGGCCAACACAAGUGAGUGGCAUGAUUGGUGCAUUUGGACUACAGGAGCACUUACUAUAUUCUGUUGUAGAAGAACUGGUGUAUACCGGGCGCCUUAAAGGAACAAUUGUUGGAGGGCGUCGGGACACAUCUGUAUACAUCCCCAAUAUCUACUCCAAAACACAAAACACUUGGGUGGAUUCUUUCUUCAAACAGAAUGGAUAUUUAGAAUUUGAUGCAUUGGCCAGGCUGGGCAUUCCAGACCCCAACAGUUACAUUAAGAAGCGCUUCAAAUCCAGUAAGCUGCUUUUCCUCAGAGCAGCCUGUGUGGGCCAGGGACUGGUUGACCAGGUUGAAGCCUCUAUAGAGGAAGCUGUAAACUCUGGCACAUGGGCUGACAUACAGACAAUUUUGCCAAGCUGCCUGUCAUUGGAGGACAUUGGGAUGUUGAUCAACCAGGCCAUGAGGAACACAAAUGUAGACUCCACGUGUAGAGUACUGGGAGACACAAUUGUAGUUGCUGAAAAAUUCAUCAGUGGAUGCCUCGGUCUAUUUGACGACGCCAUACAUAAGAAAGCUCAGAAGGAAGUCAAGAGCAAUCCAGUGUUGCUGAUCACGGAAGAGGAUCUGAAGCAAGCAUCUGUAGUAGCUGAAAAUGUAGGGCUGUCAAAAAAAGAAAAGAAAGAAGUAGAGCGCAGGAACAAAAAUGCAGAGGGCAGUGGCACUGUAAAAUCAAGUGGAGGAGGCAAUGCCAGAGAAUUCCGUACUCGUAAAACAAAGAAGAAGGGAAGAAAAGAUGACAACAGCGAUGAAGAAACCAGACCUUUGCAGAAAAAUCUUAGUAAAAAGCAACAACCUUCGUUAAUGACCCAGGAAGAAAUACAAGCUGUGUUAGAAGAGCGAGUGACUGACUGUCCAAAAGAAAUCUGUUCUGAGCUGGCAGAGCUUUUAGUACGGCCAUUGAAUAAAGCCUAUCAGGAGGUGCUACAGAGUUUGUUCAUGUCCAGCUCCAGUUUAGUUUCAGGGGGCAACAAAAAGUCUGUUAAGGAUCUGCAGGAGGAAAUAACCAACCUGUACAACAACAUCAGGCUUUUUGAAAAAGGCACACUUUUUUUUUCAGAGGAAUCCCAGGUCCCCAUUGCCAAGCAUGUCUUAAAAACUAUAGGUACAGAUAUUACCAACAUUCUGGUCAACUUCCUUGCCGCUGAUUUGAUGAUGUCAUUUGAGAACCCUAGCACCAUAACCAAUGAGGUAAGAGUAAAAAUGUUGGGCAAAUUGCCGGAUGACCUCAAAGUACCCCUGAUGACGCUGCACAACUGUCUUAAUGGCAAAACAAUCGAUGAAUUUCUGAAAAUUCUCGAGAUCUCUGCAGACGUGUGUGGCUUCAUGCUAAAGAAGGCGGACAAGAAAAAAGAAAGACAAGCCCUAUUACUGCAUCGCCAGACUCUGAUUCAGCAGUUGAUGGAGACCGAGGACCCUGCUCUGGUCCUCCAUCUCACCAGUGUGCUGUUGUUUCAGGACAGCACUCAUUGCAUCCUACAUGCUCCGGGACGCUGUGUACCAAAUAUUAUAGGCACCCUCACAGGCCGGAUACCCGUGGACAAUCACCAGCUACUUAGUCUCUAUCAGAGUCUGGUGGUGAAACAACUGACGAGCCGGAGUCAAAGAAGGAAGCAGGCGGAAGGUCAGGAGGAGGCAGAGGAGCCAGAUGAGGAGACACAAAGGAUCCUAACGCAGUUCAAACAUUUGACGCCUCAACUCAAGGAGCUGGUGCUGACCCCGCAGAAGGCACCUGCCUAGUAUUUGGAAAUGUUGGCACCAAGUAGCGCCAACAGCCUCUCCAGCCACCACUGAACAUUCAUACACGCCUUGAGAGGUGCUGCAAAGAGGAAUGGGCAAAACUGCCCAAAGAUAGGUAUGCCAAAUUUGUGGCAUCGUAUUCAAAAAUACUGUACGUGAGGUGGUAAUUGCUGCCAAAAGUGCAUCAACAAAGUAUUGAGCAAAGGCUGCGAAUACUUAUGAACAUGUGAUUAAGGUUUUUAUUUUAAAUAGCAAAUAAAUAACUUUUUCAUUGCCAUUUUGGGGUAUUUUGUGUAGAAUUUUGAGGGGAAAAAAUGACCAUUUUGGAAUAUGACUGUACCAUAACAAAAUGUGGAAAACAUGGAUGCACUGUACAUGACAGAAAAUUGAAUCCACAUGUUUGUAGAUGUUUUGUCUGGCACCACUGUCAACAGCACUAAAUAGUACUCAUUAAAAAAUAAGUGUGACACAGGUGAGGAGGGAGGGGACUUUGGGAUGCUGAUGUGUGCUAGAAUCACCAAGAGAAAUGCUCGUCUCCGACAUUGGGAACUACAAGACUGGAAAAAAGGUGUCGACCCAGAAGUGUUACUCAAGCCAACGUCUACUUACAGUACGUGUGGCCACUUCUGUUAACAGAGAAUUUGAGUAAUGUGUCCCCUUUAUGUCUACGUGUAUUGUUGUACAAUAUCAAUUUUACUGUUGUGUUACCGUUUUUGAGAUUGUGUCAAAAUCCACACAACAAAGUGGCAACAGGAAAGGAAUUUACCUUUUUAAGCUUUGGAAUAGAGCCAAAGAGCCUUUGCGGAGGUUUAUUUGUGAACACAUUUUUUUUUUACAAUCGUUGAAUAAUUGGGCAGCACGGUGGUAGAGGGGUUAGUGCAGCUGCCUCACAAUACGAAGGUCCUGAGUAGUCCCGAGUUCAAUCCCGGGCUCAGGAUCUUUCUUUGUGGAGUUUGCAUAUUCUCCCUCAUUUUAGAAAACCACUGUCGGUAACUACAGUUCAUCGCUACAUCUGUAAGUGCAAGUUAAAACUAUACUACGCAAAGCAAAAGCCAUUUAUCAACAACACCCAGAAACGCUGCUGGCUUUGUUGGGCCGAAGUUCAUCUAAGAUGGACUGAUGUAAAGUGUUCUGUGGUCUCAAUUCUCAAUGAGGGGCACCACGGUGGAUCAGGGGUUAGUCUUUGUGCCUCACAAUAAGAAGAUAUUGGGUUCAAUCCCGGGCUCGGGAUCUUUCUGUGUGGAGUUUGCAUGUUCUUCCUGUGACUGCGUGGGUUCCCUCCGGGUACUCCGGCUUCCUCCCACCUCCGAAGACAUGCACCUGGGGAUAGGUUGAUUGGCAACACUAAAUUGGCCCUAGUGUGUGAAUGUGAGUGUGAAUGUCUGUGUCGGCCCUGCGAUGAGUUGGCGACUUGUCCAGGGUGUACACCGCCUUCCGCCCGAAUGCAGCUGAGAUAGGCUCCAUCACCCCCCAAAAAGGGACAAGCGGUAGAAAAUGAAUGAAUAAAAAUUUGUGAACAAAAUUGUUUAAAAAUUCAGUUAAAUUAUAGCCUUUUAAAAUUGUGUGUAUACAAAUUCAGUGGGGAAAGCAAUCGAGGUGUCACGUUUGCAGAUUUCUGCACUGAAUUCUUAUACGCUGAAUUUUAAAACAGUUUUCAAAUGCACAGUUUUUCAUUCAAUAAAAUUGUCACAGCGUCAUUACAUGCCAAAAAUUCAGUUAAAUAAUUUCAAUGCUGCAGAGAUGGUUAUCCUUCUGGAAGGUUCUCCUCUCUGCUGUAGCUCUGAAAUAGUGACCAUCAGGUUUUUGGUCACCUCCCCGAUCGCUCAACUCUAGGAAGGUUCUGGUGGUUCCACACGUCUACCACUUACACAUGGAGACCUUGUACCUGUCCCUUUCCCCACAUUUGUGCCUCAAGACAAUUCAUUUGACUUAAUGCUUGCUAUGCUCUGCCACCACCUUAUAGAGAGAGACAGGUGUGUGCCCUUUCAAAGUGGACUCAAAUGAAGCUGCAUGAACAUCUCAAGGAUGGUCAGCUGUGACAGGUUACACCUGAAGUCACUUUUGAGCUGUGAAUUGUCAGAAAAUUUGUAUGUAAAAGAUCAAAAAACUUUCCGUUCUCUGCAUUCCCAGUGAACAGACGAUAACUGUCUUUGUUGUAUUAAGCAAAAGGCUUUUAAAAUUCCAUUGUGUAUGAUGGGGGGGAGACGGGAGGGAUUGUCUAUUUUGAUCUAGGACCAGUCCAAGCCCGAGGCAUCUUUUUAUAUUGUGUUAAUGUGACUGAAAUCAAUGGCUGUUUACAUACCCUCCAUUCCUUUAGAAACAGCUGUUGUUAAGUAAACAGGGAACGUCUGAAUAAAAAGAGGUAGCGUACAAUCUUUCGCCAGUGUGCUGGAGACUACAAGAGUACAGUCCAGACGCGCAAACUCAAGGUUGUUGUCUCAGAAUCCUGCACAGCAAGCCCAGCAGCAAGCUUUUUUUGUGAUUUAGGGAUGAACACCUUCCAGCCACCCUGAGAAAACUGAUGUUUCAGUUUAUAUGUCGACUGCACAGAAGGAUCCUAUCAUACAGAUAACCAAUCCUAGGUGUAGUUCUGUUAGGUACCAAUCCUACAUAUGGAAACACUGUUAUAUGUGCCUUUUUUUACAAUGUGUAGACACAUUUUUAAAGUAUAUUUUUAUUGCUGCUUUUUUUUUAUUCAUUGGAUGCCUUUUACAGAAUAUGCACAAGCACUGUUUUAAUAUCACAUGAUAAUACCUUUGUUUUAUGGACUGUAUGGGAUUGUUGACUAUAUCUACUUUUACCCUGUAGUCUGCAAUAAAGCUUGAUUGAUAUAUGCCAACAUGUAUAAUAUCAAACUGAGAGAGUACAAAUGCCCCCCAAUAAGGGCCCAUUACUAUUAACUAUCUGUCAUUUAACAUACCUCUAGGGCGGGGGUGGCUCUUUAGCGCCGCCCUAGUGGCUCUCUGGAGCUUUUCCAAAAAUGUUUGAAAAAUGGAAAAAGAUGAGGUGGAAAAAACAUUUUUUGUUUUAAUAUGGUUUCUCUAGGAGGAUAAACAUGACACAAACCUCCCCAAUUGUUAUAAAGCACACUGUUUGUAUUACACAUGCUUCACCGAUUCGAGUAUUUGGCGAUCGCCGUUUUGUCCUACUAAAUUUGCUGGUCCUUGAACUCACCAUAGUUUGUUUACAUGUAUAACUUUCUCCGACUUUCGAGGACGUGUUUUAUUAUGCCACUUCUUUUUCUGUCUCAUAUUGUCCACCAAACCUUUAAUGCUGUGCAUGAAUGCACAAAGGUGAGUUUUGUUGACGUUAUUUUGUCACUGCAUGACUGUAAGCUAUUGGAUCAUUGUGCCUCAUUUGUAGCUAUAUUGGAGCUCAUUUGGUUUCCUUUAAGUCCUCUUAAUUCAAUUUAUAUCUCAUGACACUUUCUGUAUGAAAUAUGGCUUUUAUUUUUUUGUGGCUCCAGACAUUUGUUUUUGUAUUUUUGGUCCAAUAUGGCCUUAUCAACAUUUUAGGUUGCCUUCCCCUGCUCUUGUGCUCCCCGCACGCCAUUGUAUGUAUUUAUUUUAGUUUGCCUUUUCUUUUGCCCACCCCUAUAAUGUUAUUCAUAUUCUCUACCAUCAGUUGAAAAAAAACCCAGCAUCUAUCUUGACAAAAAAACAAACAAUGGUUGUGUGCAGUAAAACUUUUCAUGAACUCAACUCACCUUAAUGCAGUGCUUCUCAAAUAUUUUCUGUUGCGCACCCCCAAGGAAGAAGAAAAUAUUGUGCGCCCCCCUCCCACUGUGAAUAUAAAUAUUGUAUAAAUGGUUUAUAAAAGUGUUAUUGCAAGUUUAUUAACAUUGAAAGAAACAAUACGUCUUUCCUCGUCUCCCAAGUAUACGCUUCAUCACAUUCUGGUAUGACAAAAAAAAAAGCAUGUUCCCCCUAUGUCACACCCGCCUUCCCUGGCAUUGCACCACUAUUUGAGAAGGACUGCCUUUGUGUGUGUUUCUAAGUUUGUGUUGGACGUCUCCGAUGAAGGGAGUACUUAUGAUCUUGGUUUACAGAGUAAACAACUACAAACCCCAAAAAGCAGUGACAUUGGCACUUUGUGUAAAUGGUAAAUAAACACAGAAUACAAUCAUUUGCAAAUCUUUUUCAACUUAUAUUCAAUUGAAUAGACUGCAAAGACAAGAUAUUUAAUAUUCCAACUGAGAAAUUUCAUUUUUAUUUAAUUUUUUUUUCAAAUAAUCAUCAACUUAGAAUUUAAUGGUAGCAAGACCUUGCAAAAAAGUUGGCACAGGGGCAUUUUUACCACUGUGUUACAUGGCCUUUCCUUUUACCAACACUUAGUAAACCUUUGGGAACUGAGGAGGCCAAUUUCUGAAGCUUUUCAGGUGGAUUUCUUUCCCGUUCUUGCUUGAUGUACAGCUUAAGUUGUUCAACAGUCCGUUGUGGUAUUUUAGGCUUCAUAAUGCACCACACAUUUUCAAUGGGGACUACAGGCAGUGUAGUACCCACACUCUUUUACUAUAAAUGCACCCUGUUGUAACAUGUGGCUUGGGAUUGUCUUGGUAAAAUAAGCAGGGGCGUCCAUGAUAACGUUGCUUGGAUGGCAACAUAUGUUGCUCCAAAACCUGUAUGUACUUUUCAGCAUUAUUGGUGCCUUCACAGAUGUGUAAGUUACCCAUGCUUUGAGAACUAAUACACCCCUAUACCAUCACAGAUGCUUGUUUUUAAACUUGGCGCAUAGAACAAUCCGGAUGGUUCUUUUCCUCUUUGACCCGGAGGACACAAUGUCCGCAGUUUCCAAAAACAAUUUGAAAUGUGGACUCGUCAGAUCAACGAACAUUUUUCCACUUUGCAUCAGUCCAUCUUAGAUGAGCUUGUGCCCAGCGGAGCCGGCGGCGUUUCUGGAUGUUGUUGAUAAAUGGCUUUCGCUUUGCAUGGUCAAGUUUUGAAUUGCCCUUACAGAUGUAGCGACAAACUGCAGUUACUAAAAGUGAUUUUUUUUUAAUGUUCGUUAGCCCAUGUGGUGAUAUCCUUACACAUGUCGCUUUUUGAUACAGUACCGUCUAAAGGGAUUAAAAAUCCGUAAUAUCAUCGCUUACGUGGAGUGAUUUCUCCAGAUUCUCUGAACCUUUUGAUGAUAUCAGACCGUAGAUGGUGAAAUCUUAAAUUCCUUUGCAAUAGCUUGUUGAGAAAUGCUCUUAAACUGUUCCGACAAUUUGCUCACACAUUUGUUUACAAAAUGUUGACCCUCGCCCCGACCUUGUUUGUGAACGACUGAGCAUUUCAUGAAAGCUGCUUUUAUACCCAAUCAUGGCACUUACCUGUUCCCAAUUAGCCUGCGGGACGUUCCAAAUAAUUAUCUUGUCUUUACAGUCUAUUGAAUUUAAUAUAGGUUGAAAAGGAUUUGCAAAUCAUUUUAUUCUCUUUUUAUUGACCAUUUACACAACGUGCCAACUUCACUGGUUUUGGGGUUUGUAAAAACUAAGGUUUUGGGCAUUGUUUUCUAUUAACGCAUUAUUGUUUUCAAAGAAGUCUCCUGCACAUCAUCUUCAUCACUAAAGGAAAAAUCUAAUCUGUGAGAGACAAUCCUUCUGCCAUGAUUAAGAAUGUAUCUUUUUUGUUUUUUGGAGUAGUCAGCUUGAAGCGUCCCUCUGUCUCCGACUCUCCUUUAUCUUGCAUCUGAUUGGCCAGUCUGUCAUGUUUCGCCACAAUUUUAGCCAGCUGUGCUUCAUCCCACGAACACCAACCGAUCAUCAUGGAUUUUCUCCGUCUGUAUGGAUGUUCUCAUUAAUUUCUGUAUUUUAUUUGAGGCAACACAAUGCAUCCCUGCAAGAUGGUUGGAUCUGUUAAUGUGGAUUUAUCAGAAUGAUGAACCGUUAGUAGAGUAUAAAACAAAGAGCGAUAGGUUACAUAUUUAUUUGAUUCUAUUGUGUGAAUGGCUAUAAAUCAGCUGUAUUGUUCUUGAAAAGAUCAUUAUAAUCAGUUGCACAAUAAAAUAGCUGUUGAAUUAUUUGGAUACAGUCAGUAAAUUCAGGCUAAAAUUGCUUCGCAAUAGACAUGAUGUUUGCUAUGUUCACAGGUAGUUAUAAAAAAAAAAGGGACUCAAAAAAUAUACAGCCACAAAAUAGUUUAAAAAAACAAAACGAUGAGCUUCGAACAUCUACUGAAUAUAAUCCACAUACCAAAGCAAGCGCAAAGAGAACGGGAGACCGGAGACCUUUUAUAUUCCCUGAAGGUGUUUUAAAUUUUUCCAACCUCUGACUUAUGACAAAACUGAAAUCAGCAUCAUGAACUUCGCUUGUACUGAGAAUGUGAAGGAAUUCUUUUUUUGUGUUUCAUCCAUCUUCUUCCGCUUAUCGGAGGUCGGGUCACGGGGGGAGCAGCCUAAGUAGGGAAUCCCGGACUACCCCCUCCCCACCCACUUCGUCCAGCUCCUACCGGGGGAUCCCGAGGCGUUUCUAGGCCAGCCGGAAGACAUAGUCUUCCCAACAUGUCCUGGGUCUUUCCCAUGGCUUCCUACCGGUCAGACGUGCCCAAAACACCUCCCAAGGGAGGCGUUCGGGUGGCAUCCUGACCAGAUGCUCAUCUGGCUCCUCUUGAUGUGGAGGACCAGCCACUAAACUUUGAGCUCCUCCCGGAUGACUGUGCUUCUCACCCUAUUUCUAAGGGCCCCGCCACCCGGCGGAGAAAACUCAUUUCGGCCGCUCGUACCCGUGAUCUUGUCUUUUCGGUCAUAACCCAAAGCUCAUGACCAUAGGUGAGGAUGGGAACGUAGAUCGACCGGUAAAUUGAGAGCUUUGCCUUCCGGCUCAGCUCCUUCUUCACCACAACGGUCCGCAUUACUGAAGACGCCGCACCGAUCCGCCUGUCAACCUCAGAUCCACUUUUCCCUCACUCGUGAACAAGACCACGAGGUACUUGAACUCUUCCACUUGGCGCAAGAUCUCCUCCCCAACCCGGAGAUGGCACUCCACCCUUUUCCGGGCGAGAACCACGGACUCAGACUUGGAGGUGCUGAUUCUCAUCCCAGUCGCUUCACACUCGGCUGCGAACCGACCCAGUGAGAGCUGAAGAUCCCCGUCAGAUGAAGCCAUCAGGACCACAUCAUCUGCAAAAAGCAGAGACCUAAUCCCGCGGCCACCAAACCGGAUCCCUUCAACGCCUUGACUGCGCCUAGAAAUUCUGUCCAUAAAAGUUAUGUACGGAAUCGGUGACAAAGGGCAGCCUUGGCGGAGGCCAACCCACACUGGAAACGGGUCUGACUUACUGCCGGCGAUGCAGACCAAGGUCCUACACUGAUCAUACAGGGAGCGGACCGCCAUAAUCGGACAGUCCUUUACCCCAUACUCUCUGAGCACUCCCCACGGUUGAAUGCCUUCUCCAAGUCCACGAAGCAAAUGUAGAUUGGUUGGGCAAACUCCCACUCACCUUGAAGGACCCUGCCGAGAGUAUAGAUCUAGUCCACAGUUCCACGACCAGGACGAAAACCACACUGUUCCUACUGAACCCGAGGUUCGACUAUCCGCCGUAGCCUCCUCUCCAGUACACCUGAACAGACCUUACCUGGUUUUGUGUUAUCAUUUUAAAUAAAAUCAGCAUAAACAUCUUUGUGACUUUCAUUCUCAAAUUUAAGAUUGCUAUUCCAGUAAUAAAAAUGGCCAUUAAACUAAAUACUAACUUUUUUCAACUAAGCAUCACUUUUGGCAGCAGUGCCUCAGGAGAUGCAGAAGGCAACUCUGCAGAAGUAACUGGUUUUACCACUAAUGUGGUGUUCUUGGGCAAGGCACUUCACCUACCUUGCCUCCAGUCUGGUGUAUGGAUGUGAAAUAUUUGGCAGUGUUUCCAUCAGUACAGGAGAUCCUUGCGGGUUCCAAGAACAACAUACUGCAAACAAUGGACACACCCGUAAAAAAAACCCAACAGUUUCAAUUGAGAUACUCCAAACAAAAAACAGUAGUCAGCGAGUUACUUUUUUUAGUAAAUUGGUAAUAAAAAUACAACUUUGUUUUUGUUUUGUUUUUUAAAAAAAACAAUUUUUUUGUAAAGAAAACACACAAACGCGUUUUUCGCCAAUAAAAUAUUUGUAAAAACGUAAUACUUUGAGAGGAAAAUUUGCAAAUAUGCCAUACUUGCCAACCUUGAGACCACCGAAUUCGGGAGAUGGGGGGGUGUUGUAUAUUGUAGCGUCCCGGAAGAGUUAGUGCUACAAGGGGUUCUGGUUAUUUGUUCUGUUGUGUUUAUGUUGUGUUACGGUGCGGAUGUUCUCCCGAAAUGUGUUUGUCAUUCUUGUUUAGUGUGGGUUCACAAGUGUGGCGCAUAUUUGUAACAGUGUUAAUGUUGUUUAUAUGGCCACCCUCAGUGUGACCUGUAUGGCUGUUGACCAAGUAUGCAUUGCAUUCACCUAUGUGUGUGUUAAAGCUGCAUAUAAUUAUGUGACUGGGUCGGCACGCUGUUUGUACAUAGGAAAAGCGACGGGACGACAGGUUGUAGAGGGCGCUAAAGGCAGUGCCUUUAAGGCACGAUCACGAUAAUGUUGUCCGGGUGGAAAUAGGGAGAAAUUCGGGAGAAUGUUUGCCCCGGGAGAUUUUCGGGAGGGGCACUGAAAUUCUGGAGUCUCCUGGGAAAAUCGGGAGGGUUGGCAAGUAUGAAAUAUGCUGAAUGCCAAUCUACCAAUAUGUGGGGAUUUACUGUAUAUAGUGUAACCUCUAUUUACGAACAUAACUGGUUCUUGAAAAGUUUCUAUCGUGAAGCAGUGUUCCCCAUAAGGAUCAAUGUAAACAUGAAUAAUUGGUUCUAGCCUCGACCAAAAUCCACAUUUUAGUUAAAACUACACACUUUAAAGACACUGUAAUGUACAGAAUGUAUACAGUUUAUGUCAACGAGGGUAAUGGCUCGACAAUCUCUAUUUUAUCCAAACAAUACAGCAACAUUACAGCAAGAUUAAAUGUCAACACUAACACAAGUCUUGUUGGUGCGCUCCAAACCCACCAAAAAAACAAAGUAAAAUCAUUAUAUCUUGUGUCUGGGAUUACUUGUGGCAUUGGUGAACACUCGGAGUUUCAGACUGACAAAUAAGCAGUGGCUUCACUUAGUGACCGCUGGCGUUAGCACAAACUAGCGGUCCUUCAUCGGCUUGUGUCCCGUAGUGCUUACUUUGCUGUAAUAAAGGUUUGCUGUGGCAUCUUUUUUAGUCUCAUCCCUAUCAAAACUUACUGCGGAACAAGACUCCCUUUGCUGACAAAAUCCUCAAACUGAAGCCGAUUGUUAACGGAAUAAAAUGCUAGCUCAAAGCGAUUGUCGAGCAACCCGAAGCUAUACAGUAAAACUGUUAAAAGUUUGAACACCGAAAGCAUUUCUGAUCGCACAAAGCGAUCUUUAAGACAGGCUGACAACUCUGACUGGCGUAAGGUACGACAAUUGUGGAAAUAAACUUGUCAGAAGUUGUUAGAAGUUAUUAAAGUAGCAUUAAGCAGCAAGCAAAAUGAAUGAAUGGAGUGUUCGUGGUCCGCACACAGAAGCUAUUUGGCGCGAUGUAAACAUGGAAACGUUUGUAAACUGAAAUGGUCGCAAAUAGAGGUGUUUGUAAAUGGAGGUUCUACUGUACUCCAGGUCAGCUGUGGCUUCAAGUCCAGUAUGUGGCUGUAGAGUAAAUGAAUAACAGAUAUUACUGUAAAUGGGUGUCUGGAAAGGCACCAUAUAUUGGCCUAGAGUUUAUUUCAGUUAAAUGUCGACCUUUUUUUCCGCCAAGAGAGCUAACAGUAGUAAUCAUUACGGCAGUCUACAUACCACCAGAUGCUAAUGUUACCAUGGCUCUCUCCCUACUGCUAAAUACAGUAAACAAACAGCUGCGUGCCCACCCCAAUGGUGCUCACAUUAUUGCUGGUGAUUUUAAUAAAGCCAAUUUGAAAACAGUACUACCUAAAUUUGACCAGUUUGUUAAAUGUCCUACUAGAGGGGGAAACACUUUGGACCAUGUUUACUGUAAUAUCAAAGAGGCAUAUAGAGCCAUCCCACUCCCCCACCUAGGCCAGUCAGACCACCUCUCUUUGCUGCUCAUCUCUGCUUACACCCCCCUCAGAUCAAGGACACAAGCAGUAAUAAAUACUGUUACAACUUGGCCUGAGGAUGCACUCCCCCAGCUACAGGACUGCUUUGCACAAACUGCGUGGGAUGUGUUCAAAAACCAAGACCUGCCCACACACACAGAGUCGGUACUAUCCUACAUAAAGUACUGUAUCAGCAAUG